AUGUCAGCUGACAAAAGGAGCUUUGUAAAUUUCUCGAGGAUGAGGGCCAGCCACAAACUACAUUUAAUAUCAACUCGGGCGAUCAGACCUGCACUUACUCUCCCUUUGAGUUUUCUACUUUUUGAGUGCUUUCAAAUCAAAGUUACCUUUGUGGUGCUCUCUGUGUGUGUGUUCUUGUGUUCACUUUCAUUGCAUGCUCAACUGCUCUCGCCAGCCGACUUCAAGCAGACCCAGACGGCCGGCUGCGCAACAUCCAGCACCAUGGCCCGACCUGUCUUUGGCUUCGCCUGUGUGGCUUUGCUGCUUUGUGCCGUCAAGGUGAUGUGCCCGAGCUUUGUCUCAGCGCCGCGCCCCAUGACGCCCAGCAUCCACCAAUCGACGGCUGUUGCAAGCAAGGUGUCAUUUUCUUCUCAGGAAGCUUUGCAGUUGCUUCAACCUGAGAUGGCCAAGCAGGUGACCCCAGCUGCAGUGAAAUCCGCCGCGCUAUCCGCAGCAUUCGCACUGAUGGCCGAACCAGCCUUCGCUGCGGAACCGGGCAGCUACGAUGUCAGGGAAGAUCAAGCACGAAUUUUCAUGGUGACUUUCUCCAUCGGCAGCUUCCUCGUGGCUGCCGGCGUGGUCUUCAUCAUUAGCAAGCUCUACGAGUGA